AUGGUGGUGAAGUUCAAAGACUGCGAAGUAGUGAAACCCUCUAAAACCACAUGGAAAGGUUCCCUAACUCUAUCAGAAUGGGACCAAGUUGGAACCAUCACUCAUUGUCCCACUAUAUACUUUUAUAAAUCAAACCCUAACUGGGUCACACCACAAGACGCAAUCCCCAACUCACUCAAGGACUCGUUAGCUCGUGCAUUGGUUCCCUUCUAUCCAUUAGCAGGCCGCCUCCGUUGGAUUGGUGGCGGCCGCCUCGAGCUCGACUGCAAUGCCAUGGGAGUCCAAUUCGUAGAAGCCGAGUCCAACUCCAAACUCGAAGACUUUGGUGACUUAUCACCGUCGCCGGAGUAUAACUAUCUUGUUCCCACGGUUGACUACAGCCUCCCCAUUCAUGAACUUCCCUUGUUGCUUGUACAACUUACUAGGUUCAAAUGUGGUGGUGUUAGUCUUAGCCUCACCAUUUCACAUGCUGUUGUUGACGGCCCAAGUGCACUACAUUUCAUUUCUGAGUGGGCACGCCUUGCUAGGGGUGAGCCGUUGGAGGUGACGCCGUUUCUGGAUCGAAAAGUCAUGCAAGGUAGAGAUGACAACACCCCGGCGGCAGCGAAACCUCUACCGCUCGACCACUCAGAGUUCGACCAGCCGCCACUCUUACUUGGGCAAUCAGAUAACGUAGAAGAAAGGAAGAAGAAAACCAUUGUUUCUAUGCUAAGACUUCGUAAAGAUCAGCUCGAGAAACUGAAGUGCAUAGCUAAUGAUAGUUACGACCUUUACAACAACAGCUCCUCUGCUGGCAGCACUACUAAACGUGGUGGUUAUACGCGUUACGAGACAGUUUCGGGGCAUAUCUGGAGAUGUGCUUGCAAGGCAAGGAAGCACAAAGCCGAGCAGCCGACGGCAUUGGGGGUUUGCGUCGACUCGCGCAGUCGAAUGCAACCCCCAUUGCCUCAGGGCUACUUCGGAAAUGCAACCUUUGAUGUGAUUGCUACGAGUCAUUCGGGGGAGCUGGUUUCAAAGCCAUUAGGUUACGCUGCAAGUAGAAUAAGGGAGGCCAUCGAGAAGGUGUCGAAUGAUUACGUGUUGUCUGCAAUUGAAAACAUGAAGAACCAACCAGAUCUGACUCGGUUUCAAGACCUUCAUGCUUUAGGAAGUGACGAAGGGCCUUUCUAUGGAAACCCUAAUCUCGGGGUGGUGAGCUGGUUAACAUUGCCGAUAUAUGGUCUGGACUUUGGGUGGGGGAAGGAGAUUUAUAUGGGUCCAGGAACUCAUGAUUUUGAUGGGGAUUCAUUGAUUCUUCCAAGUUCGGAUGGAGAUGGUUCUGUGGUUGUUGCGUUAUGUCUUCAAGUGGCUCAUAUGGAUGCUUUCAAGAAGCAUUUCUAUGAGGAUUUAAGUAUCUAA